CACCCGGCCACAAUGCAAGGCCUCGCGCACUAUGCCGACGACUCGCCGUCACCACCCGCAGCGGGCCCAUCCCCAUCUGGAAUCACUAUCUCGUCGCUGCCCUCGACCUCGCUCGCCUCGCCUCGCCGCAACCAGCGCCCACGCAAGACGGUGCCCUACGUCUCGAGCCACCCACGCGCAAGCCCCGACUCGCGCGCGCCGUCGCGCGGUUCCCCGCCGCCCGCCUCAGCGUCCCGCGCGACCUCGCCACGGCCGCCGCGGGUCGACGUCGCUGGCCUGAGCGAUACCGACGCGUUCCGGCUCGCGACGGCGCCCAAAGCGCACGGCGUGGACUGGGGUAUCCCGCCGCCCGAGGGCGAGCCGAGCGACGCGCUGAGCGCCAAGGUCGCCCAGUUUCUGCGGCUCAAGCAGCAGGGCCAGCAUAUCAACACGUCUUUGCUGCAGUCGAGCAGCUUCGCCAACCCGCACAUCUAUGCCAAGCUGGUCGAGUUUGUCGAGCUAGACGAAACAGCCACGGCGUUCCCCGCCGGCGGGUGGCUCACGCGCCGCCGCAUCGCAGACGAGAUACCUCUCCACGGGCCCAAGGCGCUGCUCGCGCAGCAGAACGCCAUGGCGGACGCGGUGCGCGCGCGCCAGGACCGCGGUAAGGCCGCUGGCGGUGGUGGUGGACGCCGCGAGAUUGCGUUCGCGCCGGCCCGGACGCAGGAUCGGCGCGUGGAGCGCGAGUCUCGGCGCGACCGCGACCGGGAUCGUGAUUACGGGAGGGAUCACCGCGACCGCGAUAGGGAUCGCCGCGGGCGAGAGCGCGACCGCGACGAGCGGGAUCGUGGCCAUCGGUCGAAGAAUGGGAGGGAUUAGAGCAAGCUCCACUAGCACAGAGAUCCACACACUCCAAUGUACACACAGCACACAUCGCAC